AUGCCAUCAUCGCCUGGAUUUUCAUAUCUUUUUCUUUUUAAAAAGGAAUAUCAUACCUAUAUUGCGGGGGAUUUGCAUAUAAAACCAACUAAAUUAGAUGACGCGAAACUUGUAACAAUUGAGUCUGGAAGACCUCCGAGUAAACCAGAGUGUCGACAAGCGGGUUGGGAUGGGGAUGUGGAUGAAGGCGAUGAAGAAUAUAAUGCGAGAGUGAAACGAUGGCAAGAUGAAUAUUUGAGGUGGUUUGAGGCGGAAGAUUUUAUGUAUAGAAUUAGUGAUGAGCAUUAUUUGGAAUAUAAAUUUGGAUAA